GUCAUCGUCGUAUCUAUGUAAUUUACUAUCUAUAAAUUCUGCACAUGCGUGAACCCAUUUUAUUGCAUGUAAACAUGGCGGAAAGGAGUCCUGGGAAUUAACGAAAGGCUUGAUAAAACUAAGCAAUGGAGCACCAGGCGCAGCUUAAGGAUAAGAAAUACAGGAACUGGGUGAAAGCAGGACUAGGUCUAAAAUACGUAAAAGAAGGCUUGGAACCUUUCUGCGAUCAUCUUGUUAACCAGCAGCAUACUGCUAUCUUAGAUAAAGUUAAACGGAAACACAAUCUUUCGACAGUGACAUGUAGACGUUGCGAUGUACGCACACUCCAGCCUGACCAUAUCCAAACCAAAACUAGGCAAUGUCCUCUCGGUCAAAUGUACUGUAAUUGCCUACAUUCACGCGGAAAAAUUUCAUGAGCAAAAAAGGUAUGUGGCCCCAUCUAUGAUGAAAUUAUUCAACUCCAUGCUUCGACCCCUCCAGCGCCGUACUGGAGAAACACAGAUGCACAGCAGUGGUGUACUGAACCGUGGUCUGUCGCAAAGUGUUUCAUAAAUGCACCUGGAUAUGAACACAAGAUAAGAGCAGUGGAGUUUGACUGUGCUGGCUUGUUGCAUGUAUUACUUAACAACAUAGAAUUUCAGCAACACAUCAAGUGUGCGAUAACUGGUACUGAUGUUUUCUCGAGGGUACGCAUGUCUAGAAACGAAAUAUUUCAUUCUAAUAGCAUGGAACUAGAAGACAAUGCGGUUAACAGUUAUAUUGAUGAUAUGAUAGAACUGUUGAAAGAUAAAAUAGAAAUUAAACACAGGCAAGAAUCUAAAGCUGCGGUCAAAAAGCUUCAGAAGGAUAUUGCGAAGACUAAACGACAAGAUGAGAAAAGCAAACAGAAAGCAGACUUUCAGAAAAAGCUAGGCAAAGUAUAUAAGAAAUACGUGAGUAAUACAUCUGCAUUGCCCCUCAAACCUGAAAAAACUCAGAUGGAUGUUGAUGAUGUGUAUGUACCCCCAUUGAUUACAGUAGACAAGAAGGAUGAAAAUUCGAAAGAAUGGAAAGAAGUUAAGAUUUCUAUGCAAGACAUAUUUGAGAAUGAAGAAAUACCUGCAAAAUUGAUCUACGUUAUCGGAGAGGCUGGCUCUGGUAAAAGCAUGUUUUGUAAAGUCCUUGUGCAUUUCUGGUGCAUUGCGCAUUCAUAUUCAGAAUGCCCAUUAGACGAAUCUGACAUGGUUAAAGUAAUAGGAAGCUUUAAUUUUUUAUUUUAUGUUUCACUACGACACUGUUCCGACUGUAACUGUAUAGAGAAAAUGUUAAAGAAACUGUAUCAUGAUCCUGCGCUUGAUGAUAUCUUACAAAAUGAAUCUGAUAAAUGUCUUAUCAUACUCGAUGAAUGGGCACCAGACAGAAAACAAUGUUCGCAGUUUUUGACCAAAGGACUUCCAGAACGCGAGCUCGAUGCGGACUACACCAUUAUUACAACUUCUAGACAAUGGAAGUUUGAUUCUCUACGAGUAACAGAUAGUGAGGUUGAUAAGAAGAUCAAAUUGAAAGGAAUUGAUAAACAUGAAAUUGAAGACUUAACUGAGAAAACGGUUAUAAAGUUAAAUGAUAUUUUUCAUAAAAGCAAAGACGCAGAAGAUUGUAAAAGUGUUCUCGAAAGAAGUCAGUUUUCAGAUUUAAGCAAAAUACCUCUGAUUUUGCUACAAUUGAUUUGUCUAUGGUUUGACAAUAAACUCCAAGGGACUUCAAAUUACGCUUUAUAUAGUAGUAUGUUAGCCCUCUUUUCUGAAUGGAAAACACUUAAGGUUUUAGAAAAUCAAGAAUUCGAGAUGAUUACACCAAAGUAUAUGACCGAUUCGUUACUGUCCGACUGUUUUAGUGAUUUCGAGACCCUCUGUGAAAACACAUGUGAGAUACAGUACCUUUCCAUUUUAGCGUACGAAACACUCUUUGACAAAAAUAAAGAAAACACAUUGACAUUCAGCAACUUAAUACUAAAACGGCUAAACAUACCAAAUGACGUGAUUAAGUGUUGUUUGAACGUUGGAAUUUUAAAAAUUGAACAUAACGUAAGUUUGCAUGCAAGUGUACGUCAACAAUCGUCAUUUUCCUUCUUUCACAAAUCAGUGCAAGAAUAUUUAGCUGCAGUGUAUGUCGCUAGUCAGUUCAAAGAGAUGCUAAAGUCGUCGGAAUUAUUGCACACGGGUGAAAGUGUCUGCAAGCAGUGUAUGGGAAAAUAUUUUGGCAGUUGCAAAACUGUUGUUGAUAUUUUAGAACAGUCAAAUGUGUUAAUUAUACUAUGUGGAUUAGAACCACAGUUGCGAAGUGUUAGUGAAUGUAUCUAUAACGUAACACUUGUUGACAAAAUGGUAGUUGAGGAAAGAAAUAAAGUACCGGAACAUUUCAUUUUAGAUCAUCAUAAAUUGAUCAAUGAUAUUCAAACGUGCAUUUUAAAGUGCACUGCAGAAGUAAUGUCGAUUGCAACAAAUGUUCACCCGCCUGUUUAUAUUGCCGAUCUUUACAUUGACCCUUCAAUAGAUUUGCUACAUUAUGGUCAGAAUAUUAUUUUUGAAAAUGUUCUUUCGGUAGAAAUAAAGGGAAAUUCACACGGCAUAUAUGAUAAGGAAGCAUUUUAUGUUGUCGUGAAACAUUUAACCAAAUGUCACCAUUUAAAGGUAAUGAAGUUUGAUGCCAGUAUUCAAAGUGACGUGAGGAUUAACAAUGAAGUUACUACAAUACUUGAUACGAAUGUUCGCACGCUUGAAUCUAUUAGUUUCAUAGAUAUAGACGAGAGAAGUGUAACACGUAUUGUUUCGAUAUUACCGAAAAUGCGAAAACUAACUUCUCUCCAGGUGAAGACUUUUUAUGCAAGACGUUUACCACAUGAUGCUAUUUUGUCGUUGUGUAAAUACCUGAAUCAGAAUACAAGUCUUCAGAAUAUAGCGCUCGAUAUUGAUUGUGAGAAACACGACAAACACAUGGUAGACCUAUCAAAACAUAAACAACUUCAACAUGUUGAUUUUAUGUUUAGUUCCUUCUGUGUGGUCAGUUGUAACAGUGACAAUUUAGAAACGUGUACGCUUGUUAUUACAAGCGCUGACAUGAUGAAAUAAGUGUGUAACAGUCUAUAUAAUGCAGGUAAAUUGAUAUAUCUCACUCUGUUCUUUAGGGUAUCUAGAGUGUAUAACGAAAUAGAAUGCAGAAUUGUUACUGAAAAUCUUAUCAGACUGUUGCCAUCAAUAGUCAGUAUAUGUACUCUAACGUUAUGGGACAUUACUUUUACUGACAAUAUUAUAGCACGUCCGUGUGAUAUGAAGAAUCUGAAAGAAAUAACACUUGAUAGGGUAACAAUGAGUAUGAAAACGUGGUGCAAAUUCAUAGACAGUCUUCCUGCACUGCCACACAUAGUAAAGGUAAAACUAUUUCAUAUGGAUAUUAGAGAUGGAUACAGUAUACGUGAUAAAAAUCAAGAAGCAUAUGCACGACAGUAUGUCAGAGAAAAAACGAAUUUAUUCCGCGUGACAGACGAAGGUACCUUUUAUAUUCAGUUUACAACAAAAGGAAGUGUGACUCUGAAUAUGAGUUUAUUAUAACGCAAACUAAGAUCACGCGAAUAGGCAAAAUCUUUGAUAGUGGUUCAUGGAAAAGAACGUACAACGCAAAUGUUUCAUAUUAAGCUUAUAUUAAGCAUUUAAUGUAUUAUUUUUAAACAGUUUGCAUUUUAACUAAGUGUAAAAAAUGAAGUACUCCUAGAAUAAUCUUUUUUUGAAAUGCAAACAAUAUUCAUAUUUGUGAAUUAUUGUAAUAAAAUGCUUCGGAUACUUCUAGUCUGUAUAUAUAAUUACAUUAACACGUUUACAUAAUUUACAUGAAUAACUUUAUAAUGGCAAAAACAAUUACCGCGUUAAUCUAACAAUAUAUAUUUGAUAUGAAAUAGAAGGAAUUUAGUUGUACCUUAUGUCAUAUUCAUAUUUUAUCAAUUUGAAAAUGUUAGUUGAUUAAUUCUUAUGUUAAAUACUUACUGUUUGUUUCAAUUAUUUUGACUAAUAAUAUAUGUCAUGUGUAUACGAAUCGGAUAGAAAUAUCAGUCCCGAGGGCACCUGCGCAUUGAAACGUCUUUGACAACAAGUAAAUAUUUUUCUCCUGAUUGAUUGAUUGAUGUCGGUUAGCUAUGUUUCCUGAAACACCGAAAUGUCUUCUUUCAUUACUUAUUAUAGAACAAUUCAACGUCUCCUAUACUUAAAACGACGUCAAUAUACAGUACUGUUUGGACAUUUUUUUUAAAAAAAAACGUUGUAGUUUUAGGUUAGACUAAUAUGUAAAAUCUAUAGCGGAAAAAAGGCGCGAAUUUAUGUGUGUAAUAUUAUUCAGCGAAAAAAACGAAUGUAAAUUUCCCGAUGCAAAAGUAAUAAUCUUUUAAUGACAUACGUAUCUUCGCUAAAACUUAUUUGAUAAAUGAUCUUAUACAAUUUACAAUACUGCCUUAUUCCGGUGAAUAUCACUUCAUAUCCAAUGACUCAAGAGUCAGUAACUGUUUUAUUAUAUGGGUUCGGGUUUGAAUAAGUAACACAUAUUUAUUUCAACAUCUUUAAUGUUUGAAAGUAACAAUAACUGUGUGAAGCUCCAUUCUAUAUUAUAUACUGGAGAAAACCCACAAACCAUUAAGCAAGAAAUAUAAUUAUGUUCAAAGAUGAUGAGCGUUUUCGGCCAGUGAAAUUUAGGUUAUUUAUAGAAAAUAUAAUAAACAAAAACAGAUUUGCAAAUAAUGUCGUUAAAGAUAUUUCAAACACGACGAAACAAAUGAAAAUGAUGUCGCAAAUGACGUCAUGCUCGUGAUAUGAGAUAUCAACGUCAAUAUGGAAAAAUAUUGACGUUUCAUGUUCCAUUGUUACUUACCGGAGUUUAUAACUAAGUCUAUUACAUUGUGUUAUGUCAAAUGGUAAAUGUCUGUGUUAACAGUGAAACACACCUUCGACAUAACAUGUAAGAUAUCACGUCAGAAAUACAUUUUUUAAUAUUACAGUGUGAUUUAAUGAAUGUACAAACGCUUAGAAAUGGUUAUAUCUUAGAAUCUGAAAUGUCGGUAAUUUGAAGGGCUCGAAAAUUUUUCAGUCACAAGCUCCUUCUUCCCGCGACAUCACAGAAUUACUAGGUAAAAUGUUUGAUGAUUUGUACCUUAUGUAUGUCUAUACAUUAGAUGCACAAGUCUGUAAAUAAAUUAUUAAAAAGAC